ACAAAACCCCCCGAAACUUGUCCCCCAAACAACUCCGUCCCCAAGAAACUAAACCUCAUCUCACCCCACCCAUGUCCGACCACCACCUCUCCGGCGACCACCACCCCUCUCCGGCGAGCGCGGCCACCACCGCUCUAGGGCCCCUGCUGCUCCUCCCAUCGGAGCUCCUCCACGACAUCCUCAUCCGCCUCGCCCUCCCAGAGCUCCUCCGCGUCCGCUCCGUCGCGCGCCCGCUCUCCCACGUCAUCUCGUCCCCGGACUUCCGCCGCCUGUACCACCUAUCCUCCGCCUCCUCCGGGCCCGGGCCCGCGGCCGCGUGGCUCCUCGUCUUCAAGAAGCUCCGUCCCCGCGACGCCGCUCUCCGGGGUUUCCACGGCCCUUCCGGCCGCUGGUUCCGCAUCCCCGUCUCGGCCAUCCUCGGGCCCGCGGUGCCACCCGGCGAGGACCUCUACUUCCUGGCCGCGUCAGGCAGCUCCUUCCUCUUCGCCGCCAACGGCCGCCGCGAGCUCGUCGUGGUCGACCUCUCCGCCCACGCCGCCCGCCGGCUCCCCCCGUCCCCGCUCGGCCCGCGGGGGACCUCCUCCUGGCGCCGCUUCGGCCUCAAGCUUGUGGCCGAUCCCCCCGGAUCGGGCCAGUUUAGGUUUCUGUUUGCUGAGCUGGUGAACAAUACGCCAUUCCUCUUCGAGUACCAGUCCGAGACGGACACGUGGCAGUCAUCGGAGGCGGUCCUGGCAGAGGGGGCGUCGACGGAGGCCGGGCCUGACGGGACGUUCCUGUGCGCGGCGCACGCCGGGCCGGACUGCGUGAUGGUGUACUCCGGCCCGGGCGUGGAGCGGCCGGUGUUCUUCCGGCCGCGGUUCCCGCACAACCCGAACGGCGGCGGCGCAGACCGGCUCCACGUCUACGGCGACGGGAGCGCCGCGGUGGUGCGGUGGACGGCGAUCGACGAGCCGAGCCGGACCCGGGCAAAGGUGGUGGCCGGCGUGGACCUGUACGGGUUCGGCGGGUCGGUCGGCGGCGACUGGCAGCUGGUCUCCACCGUGCCGAGCCAGCUGAUCGAGGGGUUCCGGAAGCCGUACGCCGUGAUGACUGGGCUGCUGUCGGAGCGGGAGGGCGUGGUCCGGCUGGUCCUCAUCUCAAACUGCCGUGGCGCCUGGGACAUCGUGUGGCUGUCGUACGACCGCGCGCGCGGCGAGUGGCGGUGGGUGCCGGUGCCGGACUGGGGCACCAAGGGGCUCAACAUGGCCGGCAUCGCCGUCUCCUCCACCUUCUCCCGCCUCUGGCCGCCGGCCUCCCCUUCGUCCUGCACCACCAGCUCCCCGUGAACCGAACCAGACCAUCCGCCCAAACCCAGUGGCGUUCGCGUUCGCGCCACUGCGCCAGUAGCGCGCGGGCGACGUGCCGGCCCUGCAUACGGCGAGGGCGUGGAGAGCGGUGCCGGAUUGGAUUGUUAGGCCCAAUGCGGCAAUGGGCCCCGCCCGUCUAAGUGGUGGGCCUCGUCUUCCCCCAUGCGUCGUGGGGCCGUCGCAUACCGCGACAUGAUCUUGCACAAUGGCUUCUCCGAUGGCGACAAGUCGCCGAGUGCGAGUGUCUCAGAUAAGGAGUGGUGUGUGUGUGCGCGCGCGGAUGCACUCUUCUCUAGCUCUCUUUUCGUAGCAUUCAUUGUUCAUUGUUCAUAUCACAAUCCGUGUAAGUAAUGGAGUACUAGUGUCGUGCGUCUACAUCCUCUCAUAACGUCAAGUAAAUAGAAUUAUCUCGAUGAGUUGCAGAACUGCAGGUUUGGUUUUCUUAUGUGACAGUUUGCUGCCGUAAAAGAUCGGCUUCUAUUAAAACAGAUUUACAGAUUGGGUAGAAUGCAUUGCUCCCUCACAAUACGUCAUUCUCAUGUUUUGUUGACGUUUCUGCUUAACUGCUUUGGUCAAGUUUAUGAUGCGUCUAUUGCAGAGUACUGAGAGGGACUAAUUGGAGAAAAUUGACCACAUGGUUCUGUACUGGCAACCGAGAAAAGCGUAGGUAGAAUAGUUCAGCUUAGGACCGGAUUUAGGUGAUCUGUCCACGUCGAGUUACUGCAUUUUUUAG